UGUAUCAUCAAGAUUAUUAGCCGACUCUGUUAAAGAGAAUGGCUGAUCAUGGAAGCAAAUAAUCAAUGGAAGAAUUUGCUAUACACAAGAGAGUUAACAACCACGUAUCGAGUCCAUACCGUGGAACUGGUAAAGGUGCCAUGUUUCAUCUCUGUGUCCAGUACAAAUUUAGGUUCCAUCUGUUACCAUCCCCAAAUGUGAAUGUGCCAUUUCUGUUGGCAUGUCAAACCUUUCCCCCCAAGUGUUAUCAGUGAAAUUGUAUAUGUCAACAUGAGAAUGCACCUUUAAGAAACACAAAUGAUCAGGUCAUGCAUAUAUAUAUAUAUAUAAUUGCAAUACAAAAGCAUUGGGAAUGGCUCUUUUAAAUAGUAAGUUUCCAUGUGCUUUAUCAAACCAAAACUAUACCAAAUGUAUGCAAGCAUCAGAACAUUCUAUAUCGUGUCACAUUAUUGUCAAGCAAAGUUAACAAUCAAUAAUUAUGAUACAGGUCAUGCUUAUCCUUGGAAGGUGUACCAUCGAAGAAGUAGAAAAAUGGGGGAUUGCAGUUACAUGGAUGGGGCAUCAGUUAUGGUGAAGGCAUUGAAUGAAAUUACAGGCCAUGAUGGGAAGGGGAAUAACGGCUAGUAGUGGAGAAUAAAUUCUGAGAUGAUGGGCAACAGUUACAUGUUAUUGCAUUUUAUUGUCUUUAAUUAUUGUCAUGUAUUGGGUAUAAAUCCUUGGAGGUUAGAAGAGGAUAGGAGGAGAUUUAUUUUGAGUGUACGGGAAUACCGUGGCCUUCUUUGGAAGGAGAUUUAUCAAUUUAUCUUUUACAAUUUUCAUCAUACACUUAGCGUGCUUAUUUCUUAUAAUCAUCCCCAGUUUUCGGCUACAACCAAGCAGGAGGUCAGUUCAUCGUCUUUCACUCUAACAUUUUGGUGCGGUGAACGUGGAAAUGACAGGGACACGAAUGGAAACUCGUGUCGAGACGUUAGAGAAGGCGAUUGAGGAUCAAGCAACUCGGUUAGCUACCAUUGAAGCUAGAUUUGACGAGCAAGGUGCCCAAUCUGAACGAGUAGCUGCUGAACAUAGACUCCAAUUCGAACAACUAGCCCAACUCAUCACGCGCGGACCUCAAAUGACACCAGGCAGUUCGUCAUCAAAUACUUCGGAACCUCUUCACAACCAGAACGUGCCACCUCCAAUGACCUUAGCUCUCCAACCGACGAUGCAAUUGCCAACGUUUGAUGGCACUGAUGCUCUCCCAUGGUUAUCACGUGUCGAUCAAUACUUCUUGGUGCACAAUACCCCACAAGGGCAACGAGUGCAGCUUGCACUGAUCGCGCUCGCGGGACCUGCCAUGGCUUGGGUUCAACUUCUCUUACGCCGCAGACCAUUGAUCACAUGGGACCAAUUUUCCCAAGAGCUCGUGGGACGAUUUGGCAACAGUCCAGCCCUUGAUGGGUAUGAGGCUUUGAGAACCACUACGCAAGACGGUAGUCUCGAAGAUUACAUCACUGCAUUCGAAGCACGAUUGACACAACUCACUGACAUUCCAGAAAAUCACUAUAAAGGGUACUUUUUGGGAGGACUUAAAUCGCAUAUUCGACUACAAAUUAAGGACCCGUCAAUAAUUAGCUAUGCUGCAGCGGUACAGAUGGCUAGGCGAGUCGAUAUCUUGUCAUCAUACCCCCGUACGGGGCAGAGUGCAGUGCGCACAAAUUGGCAGCAACCAUCUGCUCGGACUAACUCUCCCAGCGAGCGGACCUUUUCAUCUACAGGGGCAACUAGAUCAUUCCAAGGAAGGCCGCAAAAUCCACCCAGAGUUCGGAAUAUGUCAUCGGAGGAAGUUCGGAAACAUAUAGCAGCCGGCACUUGUUUCAAGUGUGGUGGAAAAUUCGGUCCUACACACCGAUGUCCACCCAAAACGUUGCAGGUUUUGGUGGGAAAUGAAGAUGAUGAUCCAGGGGAAACUUUUCAUGAUGCUGAGGACGAACAGAAUCAUGAGACUGAGGCCGACACGGAUGACAUCCAGGAGAUGCAGCAUCUUCAACUGUCUGAACUCACCUCUAAUGGACUUGACAAUUAUCAAACAAUGAAGCUAUUCGGUCGCAUUGGGGAACGACAUGUGAAAAUUAUGAUCGAUAGCGGGGCUAGCCAUUGUUUUAUUUCUGAAGAAGCGGUUCGCAAGAUGAAGUUGCCAGUGACGCCCACCAGCAAAUUCUCAGUCACCCUUGGUAACGGAACAAGGGUACGAGCAGGAGGAAUCUGUAGGGAGGUACCUUUAUGGAUUGAGUCAAAUGUCUUCAUUAUCACAUGCUAUGUCUUUCCUUUAAGCAACGUCGACCUCAUCCUCGGAGUGUCAUGGCUAGCAAACUUGGGAGAAGUCAAGGCGAAUUGGCAAAAGCUAUCUAUGGAGUUUGUGAAGGAUGGCAAAACGGUGCGCUUGGCUGGGAAUCCGGGCCUUACCCGCCGCAUAUGUACGCCGCGCGAGGUGCGAAACCUCGAAGCCACUGAUGAUUGUUGGCUUUUGUGGACCAUGCAACACUCCACUUCAGAUCACACCUAUGGGCUGCCUGAAACACUUUCUGCAACAGCACGCCGAGACCUCUUAAGAGUUGUUGGAGAGUUCCCAACAGUGACAUAUGGUAUUGCUGAUCUUCCUCCUCGGCGAGCCACUGAUCAUAGAAUUCCGCUACAACCAGGAACACCACCCGUCUCAGUACGACCUUAUCGGUAUAACCAAAUGCAAAAAGACGAAAUAGAGCGUUUGGUCGAGGAGAUGCAGGCCGCAGGAAUCAUCCAGUCUAGUAAUAGCCCUUUCUCAAGCCCUGUUCUAUUGGUGAGAAAAAAAGACGGAUCUUGGCAUUUUUGUGUUGAUUAUCGGGAAUUGAACAAAAAGACGGUACCCGACAAGUAUCCGAUUCCAGUCAUCCAAGAGCUACUAGAUGAGUUGCAUGGCGCACGCUGGUUCAGCAAGCUGGAUUUGAAGGCGGGCUAUCAUCAAAUACGUGUGGCCAAAGAAGAUGUUCAUAAGACCGCAUUUAGAACGCAUUCCGGCCAUUAUGAGUUUUUGGUAAUGCCGUUCGGCCUCACAAAUGCACCGGCAACAUUCCAAAGCUUGAUGAAUGACAUAUUUCGGCCUCAUUUACGUAAGUUCGUCUUGGUAUUUUUUGACGAUAUUUUGGUGUAUAGUGCUUCGUGGGAUGAUCAUUUACUACAUCUUCGUUAA